ACAAAUUGUCUCCAUGUCUGAGUGAGAAAUAAAAAAGUGCAGGGGGUGGAGGAAAGGAAAGAGGGGUAGGAGACAGAAGGAGAAAAAGAGCAAAAGAAAGAGGGAGGAAGAUAGAGUGCAGCAGCUAGGAAGUGAAGAGAGGAGGGGAAGGAAGAGAGGGUAGGUAAGGAAGGAGGAGAGUUUGGGAAUGAGGGAGAGGGGGGGAUGCUAUCCCAGUGAUUUAAAAACUCAAUUGUUUGGGAUUUCUAAGCCGGUUCAUGGAAAGUAGGCAGAGUCUGCACAGACUUUUUUUCUCUCUUUUCCCUGCAGCGUGGGGGGCACAUUCUAUGAAAGGCAGGAGGUAAGGGGGGUGAGACUUCUCACUUAGGGGCUGUCUGAAGGCCGGAUUUGUCCUUAGUGACUUUGAGGUGGGUUUAUCGAGGAUCACCAGACAAUUUCCCUACACAGCAUUUGGACACAUGCUACCUGUUACCUGUGUGUAUGGAGUAGGCUUUGCUAGGUAACUUUUCAAUCCAAAGGAUUUCUAUAUUGGCAAAUCUGGCCUUGUGAGACACAAAGUGGGAUUCCUGGAGUGGAUGAACCAUGCAUUUGCCAGUGCCCUGCUGUUCCUGUUGGCAUGUUCUUCUUUGCCUCUGUGCCCUGCUGGACAAAGGUUGUUGCACAUGGACAUCCAGCACUCAGUACCGGUAUUCUCCAGCACUGCAAGUCAAAACCAGAGAGUCACUCACAAGUCCUAAAAGAAAUUGGUGCUCUGUGCCCAUAUCUCGCACGGUUUCUUGUCAAGUUCAGAAUGGCACUUUCCUGCAGAGGGUAUAUCAGAACUGUCACUGGGCAGCGGGCUGCUCUGGAGGAAGUUAUAGAACAGUUGUCCGACCAACCUAUAGACUCAGCUAUAAGACGGUGACUACACUGGAGUGGAGAUGUUGUCCAGGGUACAAAGGACCAAGCUGUGAUGAGGGCCCUACAUCCUUGGCUGAGUUACAGGAUGCUCCACGUGCCAGUACUGCUGUUCGAAAAUUACCUAUUCGGGAAGGGGCUAGCUUUUCAGGAUGUUUGAACUGCAGUCAGAUUCCAGAGCUCAGUGAACGCCUCAGCUCCCUGGAAGCAAAGGUUGCAACCAUCUUAGCAUCCAAUACCGCAGAAGGCUAUGGGUCACCUCCAGAAUCAUCUGGGCUGUUGGGAAGCCUGCCAGCACGUGGUAGUCCUGGGGAGGUGGGCAUAAAGGGUCCUCCUGGUGCCCCAGGACCCCCAGGAAAAGAUGGUAUAGCAGGAGUUCCUGGCGAGAGAGGUCCCCCUGGACCAUCAGGUCCUCCUGCUCCAGCUAUGCAGAGACUAAUGGAUCAAGAUCUGUUUAACUCAAAUCGUUUUACUGAAAAAGGAAGACACCCCAUUCAGGGGCCAAGGGGCCCUCCAGGGCCGUCAGGGCCGCCAGGGCCUCAGGGACAAUCUGGACCACCAGGACCAAUGGGGAAAAAUGGGUUACCUGGCCCACCUGGAAGGGAUGGUCAGAGGGGCGAGAAAGGAGACAGUGGUGCACCUGGCCUGCCAGGAGAAUCUGGGGCAAAAGGGGAAACGGGCGCUCCUGGGCAGAAAGGUGAACAUGGGGAGAAAGGGGAGCCGAAACAGACCCAGGGUCUGGAACAGAGCCCUUACCAACCGGCUCCAGUGGUUUCUACCGGGGACGACGUAAUGGUCCAUUGUUUCACAGAAAUCUACAAAAUGAUGAGGAAGAAGAUGAGAACUAUUGAUUUAUUUCAUUAUGCCAUUGACUACCUUAUUAGGAUUUUAUAUGCACUGUGGCAAGUAUUUGUACCUUGUUUUCAUAAGAGAAAUGGGCAAGUCCAAGGGUUUAUGGUUUUUUUAGAGACAAGUUCCAGGUCUGGAUUUAAGGUUAUUAUGGCAUAAAUACACAAGUCAUCCAUGUAUGUGGUUUAACAUAUCUGAGCUCCAGCAGAACAUGUAUUUAAGUCUCAGGCUCAUGUCUGUUCCAUGCGUACUGCCUUGAAAACAUUAGUCUAGAAAUCUGGAAAGCAUUUUAAGUUGUAAGUUACAACAGAACUAUAAAGCAUUCUAGGUUCAUUGCAUUUGCAAAAGAAGUUUUAUGUGAAUAUGUAGGAAAAUUACUGAAGGGGCAUGGGCAUGAUACUUAAAUUAUUGCCUACAAUAAAAUUGUAGCUGGGACUAGUAUUUUGUACAGGGGCAUUAGCUUAUGAGGUCAUCAUUCAGCUAUUUCAGAAAGGUUCCUAAAUGGCUUCAUUUACUUUUUAUUAAUAAGUUGCUCCAGUUAUUUCAAUGGCAAUACAAAUGAUAUACCCAACUUACAACCAAUAUGUCACCUGGUGGACAGGAAGGUACCGUAUAUACUCGAGUAUAAGCCGACCCGAGUAUAAGCCGAGACCCCUAAUUUCAACCCAAAAUCCCAGGAAAAGUUAUUGACUCGAGUAUAAGCCUAGGGUGGGAAAUACCUCAUCCCCCCCUGUCAUCAUCCAGACCCGUCAUUAACAUCCUCAUCAUCAUCCCCUUGUCAUCAUCCCACACAUCCCCCCU